CCCGAUUCAGUUAGAAGGACAAAAUGGUAUCCUCCAUGCAACAUUUAUCUUUCAUUUAACGCAUUGGUUUGCUAAAAUCCAGUUUGCUUAUUAUUUAGAUCAUGGCGUGCAUUAAAAUAGUAACCAAUGGACAAAGAAACUUCCUUAACGCAAUCGAAGCAUGCAAUGGCUUAAAUUUACAGUUUGUAAGGUAUAGAAAACCGCGAUUUGUCCCUAAAGCACCAACCAAAAUAUUCAAAGUUCGGGAACCAACUCCUCGUGACACGGAAGAAACUAAGCUCAUGAGAACUUGGCAGGCACAUUACAAUACAGAGAUGAAGUCAUUACAUUUAUACUUUAAAAGUCAUUGCCAGAGGAUAAGAGAAAGGGAAAGGAUAGAGGCCAUAAAAACACCUUUUGAGAAGCGGUAUGUGGACAUCUGCAGAAAGAAUGAAGAAUGGAAUAAAGAGGCUAAAAUGAUACGGUUAGGACAAUGGAAAGAGAAAGAAAAAUGGCUUGAGGACAGGCAUCUUGCUGUGGCGGAGCGAGAAGAGAGAGAGCGGGAGGAGACCAGAGAGAUGGCCUUCCAGAGAGUUAGAGAAGCUCAGGAAAGCCUUGACAAUUACAUUACAGAAGAGAAUUUGGAUGAAAAACUGGAUGAAAUUUUAGGAAAAGAAGUAGAUUAUGACUUUGCAUUAUACUUAGAUGGUUCAAAAACAACAGUGCCUGAUUCAAAGACCGAGGAUAACCCUGGAAGUGGAAGUUCGCCAUCAUAAAAUCUUGUACUAUGUGUUUCAUUCUGAUAUGAGUGCUAAUGUUGGUUUUGUGUGGUUUUAUAUAAAAUAUUAUGUAACAUUCA